UCGUGAUGCUUUAUGCGUGAUUACUUUCGGGUCUCUCAUGUGCAUCGCAACGGAACGACACGUGGCAGAAACCAAUUAGUCAGAACAAGGAAAGUGCUGAGGGACGAGCCACGUCAGCGCGAGGGGAGGGCUUAGGUACCGAUCCCGACUUUCCUUGUCUGGGUAGGGACAAUAGCGAACACGGUAAAGGGUAGGGUCAACGCGCGCGCGCGCACGGAGCGAGAGAGAGAGAGAGAGAGAGAGAGAGAGAGAGAGAGAGAGAGAGAGAGAGAGAGAGAGAGAGAGAGAGAGAGAGAGAGGAUUGUACCAGUUUGAACGGAUAAUUAGCUGGGAUGCUACGAGAAUUAGCCACGUCAGCCAAAUCAGCGAAGAGUGUGGAGAGCACAGAGCUGCAUGUGGGGGCGAUAUGAGUAUGCGCUCAUUUCUCUGUGGAUCUGUGGAUUGGAGUGGGGGCGAUACGAUUAUGGGCUCCUUUCUCUGCAGAAUGCUGAAGGCAGUUCCUAGGACAUCCAGAUAAAGUGUCGCUGACCGCAAUGUGUGGAGCCUGUCAUGUGCUGCAGUACUCGCUGAUAACUGCUGUCAGUACUCGCUGAUAACGUCACGCAAACACACACAUAAACAUACACAGCGGGCUAGACACACACACACACACACACACACAGAGAGAGAGAGAGAGAGAGAGAGAGAGAGAGAGAGAGAGAGAGAGAGAGAGAGAGAGAGAGAGAGAUGAGGAAGCUAAUUGGCAACUCUCUGAAGCUUCCAGAUUCCCAGCUCCGCUCACGAUUGUCGGAGCUGGUUCUGGACAGUUCAGGGAGAGUGAGGACUUGUCCUGGAGGGUGCCCAGCUAGUCAGUGCUUGAGACGCUUGUCUGCUGCAGCAAUAACUGAACGCGAAGGUGCGUCACUUGGAUGUUGUCUCCUUCAGAAUGGCCACUCGCCAGCGAACUCCCAUCCCGCAGGUAACACCGCUGAUAACACCAACACCUGUUGCAUCAUAACGGGCUCCCCCCAAUGUUUCCUCAAGGUUGCAACGCCCCAUUUGUCCCCUUCCCCUUCGCCGCCGCCGCAGUUCCAUCAGAUAGCCUCCCCUCCCUCGUUCGCUACUUCCUCCUCUUCUUCGCCCAUCAGCAAUGGACCGCUUCCCCACCACCAAACGCUACAAACAGCCACAUUCCAUUGCCGGAGGAAUCUUCUUAAUUGCGGCUGUCGUCGUCUGACGACGAUGAUGCAAAGUCACCAGAUGAUGGAAACCCCCAAAGUGGCGAUGGGGGUAGCGGCAAAUGCAUCUGCAUCGUAUCCAUCUCAAGACGAGGAAGACCACCAGGACAGUGAUGAUGAUGGAGCCGCAGGAGCAACCGGUCCCAGUUCAGAGGAGAAUGGUAGUGUCCAUUAUCAAGCAAACGGUGAGAGGAGGGUGGAUGGCGAAGCAGGGAUGGCGGCGAAUGGCGGAACAGCCGCUGGUGAAGCGGCGAAGGGUCAAAUGAGAAGCAAGGAGGGUACCGAAGGGCAAGACACGAGGAGGAGAGAGGCUACCCGUAGCACUGAAGGGGGUCCCACCAGCACGACAGAGUUGGACCCUUCUGGGACACCGUCUAAGUGCUGGGAGUGCGGCCAUGGGCGAGGUCCAGGUACCCCCGCCAACCUUUUCUUCUGCGAGGAAUGCGGGUCCAUUCAGCCUGUUGACCCGAAUGUCGAUUACUUCGAUCUCUUGUCUGUGAAAAAGGAGUUCGGAGUUGAUGAGAAGGAAUUGGAGUCGAAGUACAAGGGACUUCAAAAGCGCCUGCAUCCGGACUUAUUUGCGACUAAAUCUGGAACCGAAAAAGUCCACUCAGCACAGCAAUCGGCGAACGUGAUCAAGGCGUACUACACUCUCAAACGCCCACUCUCGAGGGCGGUCUACAUGGUUCAAUUACAGUCCCCCGACGUGGGUCAUGACAUGGAGGAUGGAACAAUACAGGACCAGAGUUUACUCAUGGAGGUGAUGGAGUUCCGCGAGCGGAUCGAAGACGCAGCCGGUGACGCGGAAACAUUAAAAAGACUGGCUGACGAGAACUCCGAAAAGAUGGCAUUCAACAUGGAGUCUGUGGCCAAUGCGUUGGAUGCGAAGGAGUACGGGUGGGCAAAGAAAUUGAUCCAGAGGUGGACGUACUACAACCGUAUUGCUGAAGAAAUUGAGCAGCAAUUGUAGGAGGGGAAAAAAAAAAAAAAAAAAAAAAAAAAAAGGAAGAGAAGAAGGGAGAUGAGGAGGACGACGAGAGGGAGGAGGAGGAGGAGAAGGACAAGGGAGGAGGAAGAAGAGGAGGACAAGGGAGUAGGAAGAAGAGGAGGAGGAGAGAGAGAGGAGCAAGGAGCAGGAGGAGAAGAGAGAGAGAGGAGCAAGGAGCAGGAGGAGGAGGAGGGAGAGGGAGGAGGAAGAGGAAGGAGGAGGAAGAGGAGGAGGUGGAGGUGGAGGUGGAGAAAGAGGAGGAGACGGGAGUUGAGGAGGAGAAAGAUAGGGGAGGAGUAGGAAGAAAAGGAAGGCAAGGGAGUAGGACGAAGAGGAGGAGGGGGGGGGGCCGGUAGUGUAUGGGGAUGACGAAGUAAAAAGAAGAGGAUGAU